AUGUCUGAAGAGGAUCAAAGUCCCUUCAUCGCACACCAGAGCGAUUCUUCUGUCUACAGAGCUCAUUACCGGGACCGCUCCAAGCAGUUGAGUUUAAAGUCAUCGGGCCGGAGAGGUUUCAGAAAAUUUUUCCAGCCGAGAUCCAUACGGCCAGGCAUUCUGUUGGCUUUAACAGGAAUUCUCACUCUGCUGUCUACUUUGGGAACACUAUGGACCGUUUACCGGUAUCCCGAUGAGGUAAAGGAUCUUGGAAACCGAAUUGCGAAUCUUCAUGAUAGUGCCUGGCAAUCUGUGCGGGUCACAUUUCAUGGGCUUUUGAUAGGUGAAAUGCCUGAUAACGACGACCAAGCACAGGAGAUGCCCAUCAAUGAGUUACAUGGCCGUGAAAAUGCCACAUUACUAUCUUUGGUGCGAAACUCUGAGCUCGACGGUAUUCUCCAGUCAAUAGAAUCGCUGGAAGAGAGAUUCAAUCACAGGUUCAACUACGACUGGAUAUUCAUGAACGACCAGCCCUUUGAAGCUGAUUUCAUAGAGAAGGUAUCCAGGGCAGUUAGUGGAAGAGCCCUUUUCACCAAAGUUCCGGAGGAGUACUGGUCUUACCCAGAGAACAUAGACUUGGAGAGGGCUGAGCGAUCCAGGCAGCAGCUGAAAGCAAAGGACGUGAUGUAUGCUGACUCGGAAAGCUACCGGUUCAUGUGUCGAUUCAAUUCCGGAUUCUUCUACAAAAUGAGAGUGAUGCGACAUUAUAAGUACUACUGGAGGGUGGAACCGGGUGUGAAGUUCUCGUGCGACAUUCCAUAUGAUGUGUUUACUGAGAUGCGCACUCAGGAUAAGAAGUAUGGCUUUACUAUGGCAAUGUCAGAGGAUAUGGCAACCAUUCCGACUCUUUGGGCUAAGACCAAGCAGUUUUUCAGCGAGAACACUGACUUGGUGGAUCCCAACUUUGAUCUUAACUUUAUUUCAGAUGACGGUGGUGAGAACUACAAUAAGUGUCAUUUCUGGACAAACUUUGAAAUUGCGGAUCUCGAUUUCUUCAGAUCUGAACAGUAUGAGAAAUAUUUCCAGUUCCUGGAGAAUGAAGGAGGAUUUUUCUACGAAAGAUGGGGUGAUGCCCCGGUCCAUACUCUGGCCCUGUCAUAUCUUUUACCUCCAAGUGCACUUCAUUACUUUGAUAACACAGGCUACUACCAUAAGCCUAACCAGGCGUGUCCUCCUUCUGACGCGGCGAGGAAGAAGUUCAACUGCGAUUGCAAUCCGCGCAAAGACUUUGUGUGGCACAAAUGGUCCUGUGUUUCGCGGUUUUUUGAUGUGUUUCAACUGGAGAUCCCAGAAGGUGUCAAGCUCCGGACUGGAAAGCGUGAUUUGGGGGAGAUGUCAGACGAUCAAUUUCCCAUAUGGGAUGAUGGUUCACGGAGUAUGUCCAUGUUGAAUGGCACAGAGGUGAGAAUGGUUUUGUAUGGUGAUGUGAACGGUCUAAACGAGAUGUGA